UGGCAUCACGCCAAAGCCCCUCCUGCACGCGCCUCCCCGAGUCAGCAUCUCCUCUGGCGAGCCGCCUGCACAGCUACCCGGCGAGGGGGUGGAGCGGGGGAGGGCGAGAAGCAGCCCCCCCGCCGCCCAGCUCCAUAUAGCAAGAACGCCUCCUCCUCAGCCGGCCGGAGCUCCCUUUUCAAGGGGAGCCCACAAGCUCCCGUACAGUUGCAACCACCCCCUGCCCCCGAAGGGCGAGGGAAGCGGCCGCAAAGCCGGGCAGGAGCCCGAGGGGGGAGGGGUGGAAAGGGAGAAGAGGGGGGAGAGAGCUGCGGAGCAAGGCGCUAAGAGGCAGGGAAAAGCCCCCCCGGUGAAAUGCAUUACAGCUGAGGUUACCCCCCCCCCCCGGAUCGCAGCCGCAGGAGCCGCCGCCGCCGCCGCCUCGCCCCGAGCAGGCUCCGGCGCUCGCUCGCACACGCAGCCGGGCCGGAGGCGAGGGGGGAGGCCGAGGAAGGAUGGCAGCGUCUCUGAGCCAGGCGUGCCGCAGCCUGGCCCUCUCAACAUGGCUGCUCUCCUUCUGCUUCGUGCAUCUGCUCUGCCUGGACUUCACGGUGGCCGAGAAAGAGGAGUGGUACACGGCCUUCGUGAACAUCACCUACGCCGAGCCGGCGGCCGGCAGCCCGCAGCUGCGCAGCGAGAAGAGCGAGUGCGGGCGCUACGGGGAGCACUCGCCCAAGCAGGACGCCCGGGGCCAGGUGGUGAUGACCGCCUCCGCCCACGACCGGCUGGCCUGCGACCCCCACGCCCGCUUCGCCGCCCCGGGCCCGGGCAGGAGCUGGGUCGCGCUGAUCCCCAGGGGCAACUGCACGUACAAGGAUAAGAUCCGGCACGCCGCCGCCCAGAACGCCUCGGCCGUGGUGAUCUUCAACGUGGGCUCCAGCAGCGCCAACGAGACCAUCACCAUGCCGCAUGCAGGUGUAGAAGAUGUAGUAGCAAUAAUGAUUCCUGAGCCUAAAGGAAAAGAGAUAGUGAGUCUGCUGGAGAGGAAUGUUACUGUGAUGAUGUAUAUAACAAUUGGAACACGCAACUUGCAGAAAUACGUCAGCCGUACCUCAGUGGUGUUUGUCUCCAUCUCCUUCAUCGUGUUGAUGAUCAUCUCCCUGGCGUGGCUGGUCUUCUAUUAUAUCCAGAGAUUCCGAUAUGCAAAUGCCAGAGACAGAAAUCAGCGCCGUCUUGGAGAUGCUGCAAAGAAAGCAAUCAGCAAGCUGCAGGUCAGAACAAUCAGGAAAGGUGACAAGGAAACUGAGCCAGAUUUUGAUAACUGUGCAGUUUGUAUUGAAGGUUACAAGCCCAAUGAUGUUGUCAGGAUCUUGCCAUGCAGGCAUCUUUUUCAUAAAUCUUGCGUAGACCCGUGGCUGCUAGAUCAUCGCACCUGCCCUAUGUGUAAAAUGAACAUUCUAAAAGCUCUAGGGAUUCCGCCAAAUGCGGAUUGCAUAGAUGAUAUACCUCCAGAUUUUGAAGCUUCCAUAGGAGGACCACCAACUAAUCAGAUUACAGGAGCUAGUGAUAUAACUGUGAAUGAAAGCUCUGUAGCUCUGGAUCCUCCUGUCCGGACUGUGGGAGUACUACAAGUCAUCCAGGAUGCAGAUCCUCUUCCCCAGGUUGGGGAGGGUAACUUCACAACAAGUAGUGAACAUGAGCCAGCAGUCAGCAGUGAUUCUGAUAUAUCAUUGAUUAUGGCGAUGGAGGUGGGACUGUCUGAUGUGGAGCUUUCCACUGACCAAGACUGCGAAGAGGUGAAAUCCUGAAAAACAAGCAGAAAACCCUACUAAACUAAAGGAGAAAGACCUGCAUAUCUUACUGAAAUGAUUUCCAGUUAGAAAACUGUAUUAUAAUAGUGAAAUAUUAAAAAUUAGAGCCUAAUCCUGCUUCUCAUACCUUCCUAAAAGCUGAAGCAGGGUCUGUUGUUCCUACACGCAAAAUGUCUCUCGUUUUGCUGAAGACCUACUAUGAUUAAGGUGUAUUUUGCAGUGAGCCGCCUUAGCUGGCUUUACAAUCCAUUUCUGCAGAACCUACAAUGUUUGUUGUAAUGGAAGUUACCCCUUCACCUCUGCAUUAAGAAAAUUUUCCAUCAUCCAAACAACCUCACUUUGAUAUGUGAAACAUCGAACGAAAAACCAUGAAGGAAUUACAUGGUGGUAUUUGCAUAGACAAUUUUUAAUUAAGCGUUCUUUGCUAGCUGUGAAUUGUCUGCCUAUACAAUGCAGUAGUGGUUUGUGAAGCAAGACAUUUUUCGAAGCUUCAUUUUCUGUAUAGUAUUGCAAAUGUAUUUCAAUUGUUAGGUAAGUCUUUGCUAUUAUUUUAUUAUGCAUACAUCUCCCCCUUCAAUGCACUUUAUAUCUCUUGAAAAAUACGGGAGUCAGAACUAUCAUCUUUAAAGGGAUUUGCCUGAAAUCAAGAGGCACAAACUUUUAUUUUGCUGUAGUGUAUAUACUGUAAAUGCUCAAGAGCAUAGACAGUGGCUCAGUUGAGGGCAAUGCUGAAAUGUUAAGGCUGAUAUUUGGAAACAUUAUUCAGUAGUACCUGGCUAUUUUUGUGAGAGGGUUAUAAUGUAAAUAUGUGAAACUCUGUUAUGUACUAGUUAAAUAUUGCAGCUAUAAAAGUUAAGAUUGUGAAUACUAAGAAAUUUUAUUGCGACUUUUUUAAUAAAAGUGGAUCUGA